AUGGCUGCCUGUUACUUCCGCGCGAGAAAUUUCUCAAUUCCCGACCGUCUUGUUUAUAUUGACAUUUUUUUUUCUCUCACCUCGACUGUGCUUCUACCCGUGUUGGGUCUUCCUUCACGAGCUCGUGGUCAUCUAUAUUUAUCCGAGGUGUCACCAUUCAGUGGCAUAUCCGUCAAGCGGUGUUGUUUGAAACUGUCUAGUGAUCUAUCUGGAAUUCGAUAUCUAUUCAAUUGUGACGGCUUAUUCAACAGAAUCUAUCUAUCUAUCUAUCUAUCUAUCUAUCUAUCUAUCUAUCUAUCUAUCUAUCUAUCUAUGUUCAUAACUAUUUAUCAAUUUCUCAAAUCUAUCUAUCUAUCUAUCUAUCUAUCUAUCUAUCUAUCUAUCUAUCUAUCUAUCUAUCUAUCUAUCUAUAACUGUAUGUUCAUAACUAUUUAUCAAUUUCUCAAAUCUAUCUAUCUAUCUAUCUAUCUAUCUAUCUAUCGUCUCUCACUUUCUUUCUAUAUAUUAUUAAAUAUCUAUUUUUCGAUCUCUAUCGAUAUAAGUCUUUCUUUCUCCAUCUCAUCAUUUUUUUUUAUUUUCUUUCUUUUUCAUUUUUACAUUUUGACUUUCUUUCUUUCUUUCUUUGAUUGUUUGAUUUUUUCUUUCUUUCUUUCUUUCUUUCUUUCUUUCUUUCUUUCUUUAUUACACAUUGUUUUAUUUACUUAUCUUUCAUUUUUCUUUUUUAUUAUCGUUAUUAAUUUUCUUUCUUUCUUAUUGCUGUUAUUCAUUUUCUUUCUUUCAUAUUUUCUUUAUUCAUUUUCUUUCUUUCUUAUUGACGUUCUUUCUUUCUUUCUUUCUUUCUUUUUCAUUAACUUAUUUCCACUUACAACAAAUUAA